GUAUAAAAGGGACGGCGACGUAACUCGUUCGCUUUUAGAAGAAAAAUGUUCCGAUUUGCGGUCGCUGUGAUCUGCGCGGUGGUCCUGGCGGACACCCUCAGAGGGACGUCUGCUGGAAUGUCGAUGGACCAGGUGAAGCAAACAAUGAAGAUGGUGAGGAACGUGUGUCAGCCGAAAACAGGCGUCUCCGUAGAAAUGGUGGAAGGAGUUCAGGCAGGAAACUUUCCCGAAGACAACAAUCUGAAGUGCUACAUGAAGUGCGUCUUGGGGAUGAUGCAAUCGCUGAAGAACGGGAAGUAUAAGCCGGACGCAGCCAUGGCUCAGGCCAAGAUCCUCCUAAGCGGAGACACGAGAGACAGGGUCAUCGGAGCCAUGGAGAAGUGUCGUAACGCAGCGGACGGGAUUACUGAAGGCUGUGAAGUCGCUUUCGUCACCACAAAGUGCAUCUACAACGCCGACCCUGAUUGUUUCUUUUUCCCUUGAAUGGAUAUUCCAGCUUACAACCGACGACGGAGGAAGGAAUGUUCCGCAGAAUGCGUGACGAAUGACCAAGAAUCACAGUUUCCCUGCCAACAUAACCAAUAAAUAACACAAGUUCUUAAUCUGAAUAUAUUUUUGCUGCCAACACUGUAAUAAUAAAUGUAUUUAAUCUUCUUAGAGUUACACAGCACAAUUCUACACGAAUGACAAUCUCACAUUUUCACUGUAACCUUGAUAUGUUACGAAAUAAAGUUUACUAAAAGGACAA